AUGGCAGAGAGACACAAGAGGAGUGCACCGGUGUACCGCAGCGUCUCUUUUAAGAACUCGUGGGGCGCCAACAAAAGUGAGGAGCAAGAAGAAAAAAGUGAAGAUUUGGAGGCAGCCGGUGGCUCUCUUCCGCUGGAGCCUAGCGGGGCAGAAGAGCGUCAUGUCAGUGCGUCAAGCAAAGUUUCCAAAAUCUCUGCCACCACAACCACCGAGACCGCAGAGCCAAAGAAAGCCUCCUCCGCCCCUCUCUCCUCCAUUUCUCCCUCUAUCCGCCAGCUCACCGAGAAAUUCAGCUGGAGCAGGAGUGGUAGAAGUGGGGGAGGAGGAGGCUCCGAGAGGACCCACAACGCCUGGCCGGGAGACCUUGCAGCGGUGUCGCGUCGGGGCAGCACACUUCCCCGCGUCAGAGCCUCCAGGAGGAGCAGUUCUCUGUCUCGGCUGUCAUUGCACCAGGACGGCGUUGCAACAUUCUUCCCGGACAACAAGGCUUUUUUGGACAAAGUGCAAAAGUUUAACUCCAGCACGGACUCUGUGUCUGGGUCGGACUCUGAGAGAAGUAAAAGGCGGACUUGUGCAAUAACAACGAACGACAACACUGGUAAGAAAGAAUCUUGUUGCGUAUCUGAUCCCCCCAAAACUUGUAUUAUCAAGGAUGAAGAGGACGUCACGAUUCGUGGAACUUGUAAAGCUCACAGAACCUACCUAUCUACGCAUUGCAAUGAAUUUAUUUCAUUGCAUUCUGAUAAAUGGCCCAGUGUGACCAAAAUCAGACAACUUUUUGAUGAGAGACAAAAGCAAGGGCAGACUUUAAAUCAGGCUGGUAAAUGUGAUUUAGGCCAGCAGAGUAAACCCGAACGUUGCCACCUUUUGGAUAAAAGCAGAAAACUUCCCUUCACUUCAUCUAAUGAAGCCAGAAGUCCAUGUUCGUCCGAGGCGAGCUUAGUUGAAGGACAGAGCCCAAACAGCACUGCUGUCAAACAGACACUUUGUGACACUAUGGACUUGCAUUCCAACAUCUACGAGCAGCAGUAUGCACUUGGUGAGAAGAAAUCAGGUUAUUGUAAUAGCGUUCAUAGUUGUUCUCAGGUUUGCCGUGAUCAAAAAAGUAGCUCAUCUUCAUUCAGAUCUCACAGCCCCAGCUCUGAGGCAGAGGCUUACCCUAAAACUCCCACACUGAUCGAGGUCACCCCUGACCCCCAUGAUGACCUUCAGACCUCUGCUACUACUUCUCAGAGCGGUUUGGUCAACCAGGACGCCUCCUUCUGUGCCUCCUUCCUUCAGGAGCCGAGAGUGAGGGAGAGAAGGGUUAGUCAGGGGGUCGGGCUGGCGAGGGAUAGUUUACAUUCCUCACAUAGCUCCUCUGCAGCUCCUGCCUCUCCCCCUUUAUUCCCCCUCCGUGCUCCAGCUCCAGAUAAAGCCAAUACCUCCUCGCCUGUAGCUCCCUCCUCAGCCCCUGCCAGAGUUGUCUCUCUUCGAAGUUCCCGCUGGAGGUUUAGCUCUGGAGAUGAAGAGGAGGAGCAUAUCAGGAGAAAAAGAGGAGGCUGGAGUGGCCCCUCUCAUCCUUUUGUUGGCCUCAGUGGAGGAGAGAGGGGCACCACAGAGCGAGGUGACAGUUAUUUGUUACGCACUAAAAAUGGCCGGUGGAGUGCAAAGGGCUUUGGUCGGUCUUCUGGCAGUGAAGAGGAGAGUCAUGGUUCUUUAGGACCAUCCAGUAGGGAGGCUGUGCGACGCCGCUCUCUGAGAAAGAAGAAGCGGUUUUGUGGCGGUGCUUUAGCGGCAGGCCGUGAUGAUUAUAACGAUCGUGAUGCCGAAUCCGACGACAGCGACAGCGAGCCCUCUCUGACCAUGGAGCAUUUGGAUAGGCCUCGCCAUGCCACAGGAGGAGAGCUACUGCCAAGAGUAUCACGGAGCCACUCUGCAAGAGAACCAAAUUUUCAUAGUAACAGAGCCAGGGUGCAGCAGCAAUGGGAGCGCAUCUCUUCACCUGCAGUCGCGGCAUCUACAGCACUUCCCGGUGUGUCUCGAGUAUCAAAGGUCAACAUCCCCUCUUUUGGCUCCCGUUAUAGCAGCCGAUAUUCCAGCACUGAGACAUUGAAGAUGGAAGACCAAGCUAGCUGCACCAACCGUGGAACAAACAAGAUUUUGAACACUGGUGGGGACCACACUGCUAGAAAUGCCUCUUCUUCUAUGCUGAGUAAAACAUACUAUGGGAAUUCUACCAUGUACCGUUCCCCUAGCUUUGGGCACGGGGAUAAUUUUCCUCGUACCCAAGUCCGGACUCGCUCCAAGAUUGUGCCCACGGUCACUUCCACUUCCGUGGUCCUUGCGAGAGAAGGUCAAUUAACUGAGGCUGUGAGAUUACAGCAAACAGCAGGAGGAGAUGAGGCAGAUGUUAAAAAUGGAAUAUCCAAGUCCAAUCCUGAUAUCACAACAGAAACAAUGAGCAUGCUAAAUUUUCUGAAAUCAGACUUAUCAGAGCUGAAGGUGCGGAAAAGUAAUGAGAAAGAAAAAUGCGGAUUGGGGCCGCAGAGUCACAUUGGGACCUUAUUACCCUCUGGUCGUCGCUUAUCCCUAAAAGACUUGACAGCAACUCUGCGGCGUGCAAAAUCCUUCACGUAUUCUGGUAAAUCCCCGACAAGCGCACGUUAUUACCUGGCAGGUGGUACAACAAAAAGAAGCACCUCAGAGCAACAGUUAGACCUGAGUAGAGACAAGACUGGAGCCAGGGUGUCCCUAUCAGACAGGGAAGUAGAAAGCGAUGGAGGUGACUUUAGGCUUGGAAGUGGACCAAGGUUGUUGGAUUAUGGAUAUGAUGAUGACGACGACAAGGAAGUGGUGCCCACACCAUUGCAAGAAAGGUAUGUGCAGGAAGCUAGGCAAGUUAUUGAGGAUAUCUGCCAGAUGGGCACCAGAGAAGAUGAUGAUAUUGAUAUGAAACGUGUGAAUGAUUUUGAAGAUGAAUGUUUUACAAUCACCAAAAAAGAUGAAGAGAAGACAAAAGUAAUAAGUACUGAAGGUGAGGUAGAAACAAACCAAGGGGCUGAGUUUAAGACCACACCGGGAAAAGAUAAACAUGAGAGGGAGAGCGAGAUUGGGGAGAGGGAGAAGAGAGAGAGGGAUGGACAAAGUAUGCAGCUGGAGAAGCUAAACAGUAGGGAUACAGACUACCAGAAGAAGGUGCAGAGACAGAACAGAGAGACGGCGAGGACGUUACAGAAAGGGGAUUCGGAAGAAAGUGUGUGCUAUGACCGCUCUGUGGAUGAACUUUCAGGCCACGAGUCUAGUUUAACAGAUGAAGGGAUUGUAACAGAGCCAGAGAUUGGCCCCAGUGACCCCUCUGAGAGGGUUUUCUUGGAGUCAGGAGGGGUUAAUUUGGGGUCAUGCAUUGCUCGGGAUGUACUAGGGCAGCCUGUCACCAUAUGGAAACAAUCAGCGCUCCAUGAAGAGAAAGGGCUUAAGAAGGAAAGAGAGGAAAUGAUGGAGAACAACACUGGCUGUACGAAUCGGCUGAAUGAAGUCAGCAUACCUCCCUCCUUGCCUCACUCCUCCUGUCUGGAAGACAACUGUGUCGACACUUCCAAUGAUGCAACCACCCAGAGCAGCGCUGUACUGCAGGCAUCGACUGGUACUCCGGGAGGCCUUGAAGCACCUGCGACUCCAAGUGCUGUUCGUCGAAGACGCAAGUUCUCCCCUCCUGGUAACAUUAACGCACCCUCAGAGGUUAGUAACAGUACCGCAGACUCAACAACCGCCGCUGAUGCGAAUGGAGAGUCAACAGUCUAUCGCUCCCUAAGUGAUCCUAUGCCUCAGAGACGCUCUUCUGUGGCAGAGGAAGAACAUUUCUCUUCUGUUGACAGCAACCUUUUAGGAUCGCUUGCUCUCAAAGGUGGAGGUCCGCCAGAAACCCCUUCUAUACCCACCUUGUCAGAAUACCAGGGAAGUGUGGCAAGUGACUUGUCUGGAUACAGUGAUGGCGGACUUUGGGAAGAGGUCGUUGGCGACUACGGUGGCGUGAUCAGGAGCAUUGUAGCUGAGCCAAGAGCCAUGGACAGACUGAUGAAUGACGAUCAUGGAAAUGGCAAAGCUCCCAAGAAGAAAUCAUUUAGUGACCCCAGUCGACGUAGUGAUACAUCUUUGCUUUCCCAUAAUGACUCUCAGUUUAAAGCUCAGUCCCCCAGCGCUAGACCAAUCAAUGAGCUGGAUCAGUCAGGCGCGAUCCCACCUUCUAGCAGCGAGCCAAUCCUGAACAAGCAUAAAGAAAAGGCGUGGGAUGUAGAGGUUCAGCCUAAAGAAGACUUAACCACACAGUUAAAUGAUUGUCACCAUGGAAAUAGCAAUACUGAUAUCAAGGAGAUUGUCAAUCCAACCCACGAGAACAUUGUUGUAGAUCAAGGUGGACAAAAGAAAGCAGAGGAGACAAGAAGGUUUAAUUUUGACCUCAAGCUUGCUGAAGCUUUAUCUCCCAGAGCAAUUCGACGAUCCCCGAGAAAGCGCCCAAACAGAUUGGCUCAAUUUUUUUCUCAUGAAGACCCCUUUGAGCCCCCAGAACUAGAUGAGCAAGAUGGUCACCGUGAUGAAUCUGCGCUCACUCCUCCUCUUCCCUCAUCCAGACCAAAGACCAGAACUAAACAUGUAAGACAUGCCAGCGAGCCUGCCACGUUUAUACCCAUCUCACCACCACCACAGCCUUUCAAGGAAGGGAGCAGUCUCUCACACCAACCUACUGGAGGUUCUACAGCCCUGAGUAAAAUCCCAGUAGACAAGCUUCCAUCUCUGGAGGAUGUGACCCAUCUUAGCACCCCUGAAAGAGACACAGACGGUCUAGGGCCUCUCCCUGGGACUCGGGAUGGGGCCAGCGAGAUCUUCGCCAGUCAAACUACAGGAGCUGUAUCACAGAAGGGUUUGGACCAUGCUCCGUCUACAUCAGCCACCCAGAGGACCAAGCCUAGAGUGGACAUGAGAAAGCAUGUGAUGAUGACCCUAUUGGACACAGAGAGAUCAUAUGUGGAGUCACUACGCACUCUGAUUCAGGGCUACAUGCGUCCUCUUAAACAGCCGGACGGAGGCUCCAUCGUGGACCCGCUGCUGGUGGAUGAGAUGUUUUAUCAAAUCCCGGAGAUCCUGGAGCACCACGAGCACUUUCUGGAACAGGUAGACGGCUGUGUCAACCAGUGGCAUGACAGGCAGACUGUUGGCAACCUUCUCAUCCAAUCAUUCUCCAAAGAGACUCUGGCAAAUAUGUAUUCAGCCUACAUUGACAACUUUCUGAAUGCCAAAGAUGCUGUGAGGAUUGCUAAGGAAGCCAAGCCAGCCUUUCACAAAUUUCUUGAGCAAAAUAUGCGCGAGAACAAAGAGAAGCAAGCCUUGGGUGACCUGAUGAUCAAGCCGGUCCAGAGGAUCCCUCGAUAUGAGCUUUUGGUCAAGGACCUUCUGAAGCACACCCCAGAUGACCACCCGGACCACUCCUUCCUGUUGGAUGCCCAGAGGGACAUCAAGCGGCUGGCAGAGAAGAUUAAUAAAGGUCGUCGCUCUGCUGAGGAGGCGGAGAGGGAGGCCAGGGUUAUCCAGGAGAUUGAGGCGCACAUAGAGGGAGUUGAACAUAUUUUGAAUCCCCAGAGGAAGUUCAUCAGACAAGAGAUGGUUAUGGAAGCGAAAACUGUAGGCGGGAAGAAAGACCGUUCCCUGUUUCUCUUCAGUGAUUUGAUCAUCUGCACCACACUUAAGAGGAAGUCUGGAUCACUGAGACGCAGCUCCAUGAGCCUAUACUCUGCCGCAAGUGUCAUUGAUACGUCGAGCAAGUAUAAAUUUCUGUGGAAACUUCCACUGGAGGACGUGGAGGUGGUAAAAAGUUCAACUCAGACGGCAAACAAAGAAAACGUCCAAAAAACUAUCAGCCGACUUGAUGAGGAUUUGAGCACGUUGGGUCAAAUCAGCAAAUUGUCAGAGACCCUCAGCCUGCCACACCAGUCCCUAGAUGAGGUGAUCAAAGAUCAGAUGGCCUCUGUGCACCGGGAGCUGUCAGAGAAGCAAUCUUUGGCCUUCAGUAUGAACUCCCUGCCCACCAAGCUGGAGUUCACCUCUGUAUCAGCCGAGAGUAGCUUUAUCUUUGAAUUUACAUCACCUGACGUUCGCUCCAACUUUGAGCAGGCUUUUGAGGAAGCAAAAAAGAAACUCGCUAUGACUAAGGACCAGUGGGACCCCGAAUUCCUCAAGGCCAUUCCCAUUAUGAAGACACGCAGUGGAAUGCAGUUUUCAUGUGCGUCCCCGAGUCAUACCUGCCCGGAAAGUGGCUGCGAGGUGUGGGUGUGUAACAGUGAUGGAUAUGUUGGACAGGUUUGUCUGUUAAACAUUAAAGAUGAGCCCACAGUGGAGGCCUGUAUUGCCGUCUGCUCAGCCAGGAUCAUCUGCAUUGCUGCUGUACCCGGACUGAAAGGGAGGGAGCGCGGAACUGAAGCUGCCCCACCAUCCACAACACCUGACGCCACUCAACAGCAGUUACAUAUUUGCAUCUCACAUUCCUCUUUGGAACUGAGCGAGCAACCAACAGGACCAGGUGCCGAGCUGGUCCCAUUUGACAGUGACGACACAGACGAUGAGGAUUCGCCAAGCCCUUCAUCAACUCUACAGAGUCAAGCUAGUCACUCCACUAUAUCCUCCAGUUAUGGCAACGAAGAGGCUCCGUGCUCCAAAGACUUGGUAACAGAGACCACCAGCAGUGAGGAGGAACAGGAGUUCUCAGUGACAAGCUCAUAUUCAGCUCCGGGGAUGUUGGCAGUAGGCGGAGGAGGUCGAGCCAACAUGGAGAGCCCCAUGGACGGCCGCGCCAUGCGCCGCUCGUCCCGCGGAUCCUUUACCAGAGCCAGUCUGGAGGACCUGCUCAGUAUUGACCCAGAAGCAUACCAGAGCUCUGUGUGGCUUGGCACGGAAGACGGAUGCAUCCAUGUGUACCAGUCUUCAGAUAACAUUCGCAACCGCAAAAACAGCAUGAAGAUGCAGCACGCGGCUUCCAUUUUAUGUAUUUUGUAUCUGGACAACAAAGUCUUUGUGUCAUUGGCUAACGGGGAGGUGAUUGUCUAUCAGAGAGAAGCAGGUAGCUUCUGGGACUCGCAGUCUUCUCAGACAUUAGUUCUGGGCAAUCCCAGCAGCCCCGUCACCAAAAUGGUCCCGGUCGGAGGAAAAUUGUGGUGCGGCUCCCAGAACAGAAUCAUAAUUAUGAACUCAACCACACUGAUGCAAGAGCAUUGCUUUCAGGUGGGAACGGAUAGCAGUCGAUGUGUGACUUGCGUGGUGGCGUACGGUCAGGGUGUGUGGUUGGCCCUGCAAGGGAGUGCGCAUGUUAAACUAUACCACGCUCAAACGUGGGAAAGCCUGACGGAGGUUGAUGUGGCGCCUGCCGUUCACAAGAUGCUUGCAGGUGCAGAUGCAAUCAUCAGACAGCACAAAGCCGCUUGCUUGAGAAUCACAGCAUUGCUGGCUUGUAAGGAUCUUUUGUGGAUUGGCACCAGUGCAGGGGUGGUCCUCACAUUACCGAUCCCAGCAGUUAGUUCUGGAACUGGGGCAUGUGCGGUGAAAACCCCCCUUGUUCCAAUGGGCUCCGCCCAUGGACACACAGGCCAUGUUCGAUUUCUGACAUCAGUCGAGCUACCGGAAGGUUUGGGAAUGAACUUCCAUCCUCCAUCAUCGGAUUCCACAGGUAAACAAUCGCAGGACGGCGCCAUCAUUGACGGAAACCUUCAAAGGCACGAUUCCACUCGCCGCCGAGCCUCCGCCCACCAGCUUCCAAAAACCAAUCAACUUGUCAUAUCAGGCGGGGAUGGCUACGAGGACUUCAGACUGAACAAUAGCAGUGAGACUAUUGGACGGGAUGACAGCACCAACCAUCUUUUGCUGUGGAGAGUCUGAGAUAACCAAACUCGGUUUGGACCAUCAGACCCAACUUUCCACUUGCCGCAUACAAUUGCUUCAGCCUCGUGUGUGUUGGUGUUGUUUUAGUUCUGCUCGGCUCCACCAGUCUUUGCGCAUUAUGGCUGUGAAUUCCUGCUUAAACGUACACAUGAUUAUGUUCACUUCAAAUCUAGUCCUGUUCUGUAUGUUUAUUCUAGGAUGGGCUGGAGAACACUGAGUGGAUUUUUUUUUUUUUAAUCAUGGCAUAUGAAACGGCCAUGAAACAGAAGUCGCAGAAGUCAACUUCUCCUCAUCUUUCGUCUCAAUUUGAGUCGCAAGAUAUUGCGAAUCUCAUCUUGUAACAAAACUGUUUUACUUCAAGAAGUGGUACCACAAAAAAACAUCCCACAUUGUAGUGAGAUGUAAUUUUGGUCAUAACGGGAUGCUGACCAUUAACGGAGAGGUUCAGCAUUGAAGUAGACUUCUGAAAACCUGAUUGGACCCUGAGAUCAAAUUGAGGCCAACAUAUCAUCAGCAGGCAGCGAUCCAACAUUGAAGGGAGGAUCCAAGCAUAAUAAUAAGGUACAAUAUGAUCGAAACGUAUGUAACCAAUUUUUGUGCUUAUGUUAAAUCCAUCACCUUCUGAAAUAUUAGCCAUGUAUUCUUGGAUACACAAGUGUUGUCCACAAAUAAUCAUUACCCGCUUAAUGUUUAAAGACAACAAGAGUUAAGUACCACUAAGUAAUGUCUUUACAGAUGAAAAGUGCAUUACCACGACUAUGCCAAAGCCUUCUUUCUAUAUCUUACUCUAUAUGAUUAAAAGAUUUAUUUUGCCAGAAUCAUCUGCCAGGAAGACAAAUCGGCACUUGAUUGAAAGCGGUGGCUUUUCAAGUUGUAGCAGAUGAAGAUAGUUAUGUACAGUAUUUAUGGUUUUGACUUCAACUUAUUCUUGACAGCACUUAAUUUAUAGAAAAUGUAGCUUUCACCUUUUCGCGAGUAGAGGUACGACGAGGUCGCAGUGUCAAUUCCAGGACAUGCGAAUUGAGUCCAAGCACAUACACAGCACAGGGAAUAAUGGAAGCCUCAAAGAUACUUAAGAUUUCAUUUUAUUUCUUUUGCGAUAACACAUUUGCCCCAAUCUGAACGGGUUGAGGGCGCACAAUAUAUACCUGCCAUCUUUGCAAGAGAAAAAAAAUGCAACAGCAUAAAUGUUGUUUCUUGUUUUACUGUUUGUAUGAGCGACAUGGUGUAAGUGUGAUUCGUUUUCACCUGCUAUACUUUUCAGUCUUUAGUCUGCCGGAUAGUGAGUAGGUCAGAAGGACAAAUGCUAAGCACCUGCACGUGCCUUCAGGAGGCUCGAAGUUAAGCCAUUUUACACAUUUAGGCGCACACAUAUGUCAGUGGAAGUGAAGGACAGGUGAAUGUAUCCUUACGCGGACCGUAGUCUCGGGAUUUGAGGUUUAGCGCUGAUCGUUCGGGAUCGCUCCAAGCCGAGGAAGAAGCGCACCUUCAGCCAUCUGCUCUCUUCACCUUGUGCAUCAGCAUUAGGUGAACUCUCCUUCUGUGAGAGCAAGCUAAUGCUUAAGUGGAUUAAACUGGCCAUUGUGAUAUCUGCUUCGUAGUUAAUGAGAUGACGUUGAAAAGCACCUGUCUUAUCAUUUACUAAAUGUUUUCUGUCAAUGUUUGGACUUCCGUUUUCUUCCCGUACUUUAGCUUUUUCUCUGGCCAGUAUGUGGUAGACCGUAUUCGAUAUUUGAAGAGAUUCACACUUGGUUGAGGGGAAACUUUUUUUCUCAAGUUUUAGAGGUUUGCAUAUGAAGUUCACCUAUUUACACAUAUAAAUAACAUAUCUGGAUUUUUACAAAGGUUACCUUUGCUCAGACCGAUCAUCGAAGAAGAUUUCUGAAAAUGCCAAGUGAUUAAAUGUGUUGUUUGACAGUCAAGUGUAUUAGCAGUGCCAAAAUGAGUGAAAAUUAUAUAUAGUACACUCAUGCUGACUGUUAGGUCCAGAGGCAACAUUCAUACAAUACCUGCGUGCAAUCCGUGCAUCAUUGUGGUGUUUUACAAUAUUACUGUGAGCUGUCCACUUUAAAUAAGUAGGCAUAGCAUCUUGACGGUCGGCCCAGCAAAUUCCUAAAAUAGUUCAAAUUGAUGUCUGAAUCUAAUUUGAUUUUGUCAGUGUUUUCCUUGUGUUUUUCUUCCUGUAUUUCCCCGGGGCAAUUAAAGAGAGCAGUCACAUUUCAUGGGUAACUCGAGUUGAUCUCCACAAUACUUAAGAAUGGAAAGAAUAAUGUGGUCUAUUGAAAUGACUUAGCGUGUGUGUAACGUCCUCUCAGCCUGAUGUGGGCAAAGUCUUUAUUGUUGUAAAUAUUGGUAUAGUAGGCCUUUUUUUUUUUUUGUAAAUAAUGCACUCAAGGUCCUCAAUUGUCAAUAUGAGUCCAUGGCAUAUUUUUAUAUAUAUUUGUGUAAAGUCUUUUUCUUCCUCCAGCAUGCCCUGUGAGCACCACAUGUAAAUUAUACCCAAAAAUGAGACUAGAUGGCCUUUAUUGUGACCAAGCAAAUGCUCUGUGCCAUCUGUGUUCAUGCUGGUAGCCAGCUUCACUCCUGUGUUUUCAACAUGAUGGAUGUCUGAAGGGGGUAAACAAUUGCAGCAGGUGCAAUUGCUUGACAUCUCGUAGUUUUCAUUUGUCAUUUCCUGUGUUUACCUGUUCUUUUUUUUUGUUGUCCUCGCUGAUUCAUACUUGGAAUUAAAUAUGUUCACCGGUG